AUGGUGAUAAAACAUUUUGUGAAAUAUGCUAGGGAUAGGGAAAAUGAGAGAGGAGGUAGGAUGGGUAAAAGAACUGUUUUCUUGAUGUAGGCAGGCAACUUUUGAUUAAAAAAUAUAUUAGCCAGUCUUAGCCUUAAAUGAUAUUGAGCUUGAGCUUAAGCUUCUGUUUGAGUCUAAGCGUGACCUUGAGCUUGAGAUUGAGCCUAAGCCUGAGUCUAAGCUUGAGUCUGAGCCUAAGUCUGAGCCUGAGGUUGAGCCUGAGAUUGAACCUGAGCUUGAGCCUGAGCUUGAGCCUGAGCCUGAGCGUGAUCCUGAGCCUAAGCCUGAGCCUGAAUUUAAGCCUGAGUCUAAACCUGGGUGUGAGGGUUAGUUUGAGCCUGAGCCAGAACCUGAGCCUAAGCUUAGGCCUAAGCCUGAGCCUGAGCCUGAGCCUGAGUCUGAGUCUGAGUCUGAAUCUAAGCCUAAGCCUAAGCCUAAGCCUAAGCCUAAGCCUAAGCCUAAGCCUAAGCCUAAGCCUAAGCCUAAGCCUAAGCCUAAGCCUAAGCCUAAGCUUAAGCCUAAGCCUAAGCCUAAGCCUAUGCCUAAGCCUAAGCCUAAGUCUAAGCCUACGCCUAAGCCUAAGCCACCAUAUUAUCGCUGA